CGCUAUUUCUGGGCAGGGUGAAGCAACGCCGCUUCAGUCUCUUCCCGCCCGGGGGGGUGGUGAAGGUCUCGUCUCUCGUCCUGUCUCGUCCCGUCCGGUCCGUGCCAUCCCGUGCGGAGCGGUGCGGUGCGGUGGGCAGCGGCGCAGCCCCUCAGGGCGGGCAGCAGCGGGGACUCCGCGCCACCAUGGCCGGCCGCCUGCUCCUCUUCGUGCUCUGCGCGGCGCGGGUCGGCGAGCUCCGCGCUGAACGAGGGGUGUUCAUCGAGAAAGAAAGUGCAGACAAGUUCUUGCAAAGAACAAAACGUGCUAACUCUUUUUGGGAGGAAGUCAAGAAAGGGAAUAUUGAAAGAGAAUGCAUUGAGGAGCGCUGCUCGAAAGAAGAAGCAAGAGAAGCCUUUGAAGACCGAGAGAAAACUGAGGAGUUCUGGAACGUCUACGUAGAUGGGAACCAGUGCGUCUCAAAUCCUUGUCAUUAUGGUGGACAUUGUAAAGAUGGAAUUGGUUCCUACACUUGCUCAUGCUUGGAUGGUUAUCAAGGCAAGAACUGUGAAUUUGUCAUACCAAAGUACUGCAAAAUAAACAAUGGUGACUGUGAGCAGUUCUGCAGCAUCAAAAAGAGUGCACAGAAGGAUGUUGUGUGUUCCUGUGCAAAAGGGUAUGUUCUAGCAGAGGAUGGCAAACACUGUGUUUCAUCAGUAAAAUAUCCUUGUGGAAAAGUUCUUGUGAAAAGAAAAAAAAGGUCUGUUAUUUUACCUGCUGAUAAUGGCAAUGUGACUAGUGACCAAGAUGUGCCUCCCACAAAUGGAACAAGUUUGGAGGAGGACUUUUUGGCUACCACAGAAAGCCCAACCGUCCGUCCUGGCAAUGAAACUGGUGGCAAGACUCCAUAUGUCGAUACCAGGAUAGUAGGUGGUGAUGAGUGUCAUCUUGGUGAAUGUCCAUGGCAGGCUGUUCUGCUAAACGAGUUAGGGGAAGAGUUUUGUGGUGGGACCAUUCUGAGUGAAAAUUUUAUACUUACUGCAGCUCACUGCAUGAACCAAUCUAAAGAAAUCAAAGUUGUUGUUGGUGAAGUGGACAGAGAACAGGAGGAACAAUCUGAAACUAUGCAUACGGUGGACAAAAUACUUGUUCACUCUAAAUACAUUGCAGAGACUUACGAUAAUGACAUCGCCUUAAUCAAGCUGAAGGAACCCAUCUCAUUUUCCAAGUACGUUAUCGCAGCGUGCCUCCCCGAGGCCGACUUUGCCAAUGAGGUCUUGAUGAACCAAAGGUCUGGGAUGGUCAGUGGCUUUGGGCGUGAGUUUGAAGGUGGACGACUAUCCAAAAAACUGAAAGUGCUUGAAGUCCCCUAUGUUGAUAGGACCACUUGCAAACAGUCCACUAACUUUGCGAUAACAGAAAACAUGUUCUGCGCCGGUUAUGAAACGGAGCAAAAAGAUGCUUGUCAAGGAGACAGUGGAGGUCCCCAUGUAACCAGGUAUAAGGAGACUUACUUUGUUACUGGAAUUGUCAGCUGGGGAGAAGGAUGUGCAAAGAAAGGCAAAUACGGUGUCUAUACCAAACUGUCCAGGUUCUUACGCUGGGUAAGAGGGGCCAUGAGAUAUAAUUUGUAGCGGGGUAGCUCUUGAUCUUUCCAUUACCUAACAAGGUGCAGUUUCUGCAAUGGAAACUUCAUUCUCUUUCUUUUAGCCACACUUGUUUUGAGAGCUGGUCCCUUAAAGUUAUGGUGCUCCUUCUUAUUGUUCUAUUCCUGGCUUUCAGCAUGUGUAUGCCAACUGCUGGUGGUGUUUUGAAUUUGUACAAUGAGGGGCUUUCCCCUAACAAAAUGGCUGUUCAGUGGGGUCCUUUGUUUGCUUGUUUGGUCAUUUUUAUAUUGCCUUUUUGAUUCCUGUCUGUUUGCCCAAGUGCUUCCACCAGAACCUCCUGGGACACAGUAUGAGUCUGCAGUAAUCAUGAUGAAAGUGGGAGGGACGGGACCUCAGUUAAUCCUCAUGUUACAGCCAACUGGCUCAGUGGGGAGCUUGUUAUUACUAGAGCUGUUCAGCUUCUACCUGCAGAUGUAUUUAGAGGAUUAAGGGAGAAGGGAAGCCUGCUUGGUAAAAGCUGAGACACAAGUAACUAUUUGACACGUGAUGCUUGGGCCACAGAAGCUAAUUAAAGUGAGGUUUUGCUUUGUAUGGUUUGCACUUCACUUUAGUUUCGUUUGAACACCUACAUUUACAUCAGGAAAAAUAAAAUAUGCAUGUUCACUGUUUUCUA